AUGCUUUCGCGACUUAUUCGGCAAUUUUUAUUUAUUAUUGUGCAUCUGAUUGUAAAUAUACUUGUUGCAGUUCAAAAUGUUUACCACCGGUUUUGGGUUAAAAAACGAAAAGUAUUUAGUGAUGAGGUGACGAAAAGUGAUAUUAUGAUAAUAAUGGAACAUGCACCAAAGAUGAAGAAUAGAUUGAAGCAUUUAGUGUUUCUUGCCGAUACGAACCAUCAUUCAAUAAGCGAUUUGGCGCGCGUGGUCAUUUGGAGUCUUAUCAGUGGUGUACCGUACGUCAGUUUCUACGAUAUUACCGGCGAACUGAAACAAAAUGAAGAAAAACUCUUCUGGGCUAUUGAAAAAAAUAAGAAAGGAAUACCAGGUUGUAUAAAAUGGUCGAACAAACCAGAUUUAAACGGGUAUACCUAUGGAAUGAAUGCAAAUAAAAUUAUUAUUAAUAUUUUUAAUUAUAUGAAUGGAAGACCACAAAUAGUAAAUUGUAUAAAACAAAUAGCUAAAGGUGAAGUAUUGUGUAAAAAGAAAUCAACAGAAUACACAACACAGGAAUUUGGAGAGGCCUUAAUACAAACCUAUUCUUUAAUUCCUGAUCCUGAUUUAAUUCUUUAUACUGGACCACUAUGUUGCAGUUAUGGUUUAAUGCCAUGGCAAAUUAGAUUAACAGAGUUCAUUCAACUCUCCUUAGAUCAUAGUGUAAAUAUUGAUAGCUAUUUAGGUGCAUUAUUUAAGUAUAAUAAAUGUGAUCAAAGAUUUGGUAAAUAA